ACGAUGAUUGACUAUAAUGGCGACGCGUUUAUUCUGAGUUGAGUCCAUGGAACCGUCUCUGGCUGACAAAACGGAACAGCUCGGCUUGUUUUUUCCGCGCCACAUACAACAAUAAGGGGGACGAGCGGUCGCCAGCAGGAGUGCGUUGACCACCGAGACGAGGAGCCAGCGGAGGUUUAUCUCGCUAGCACCGCGAUAGCUAGCAACUCGGCUCGCUAGCUUGCUAAGUUGAAGAGGUGGCAUUCUUGUGUGUGGACCGGAGGAGAGGGGCAGCCAGUCUGCUGAGCGCUGAUCUGUCUUGGCCAGUAAUGUGGCCGCUUCACCGAUUUCUGGGGUGAUUUAUCUUCUCGUUCCCGGAGGCGACACCGAGGAGGCGCUGGCUGGUGGCGGACGCUAGCUUGUAGUAAUAGUUUUUGGAAGAGGAUCCAGCAGCCUCCUUGGGUAGCUAACUUAGCUACUUAGCUAACAGGCUAGCUUUGUGGAUUGUUCCAGUCUCUUUCCUGUCGGGACUUGCUCUCGCGUUUGAAAGAAAGAAACUGUCCACCGAUAGCUAGCUGGCGACCACUGCUAGCUCACUAACUUGUAAACGAUUUUUUUGUGGUGUUUUGCGAGAUAUUUUUCGUAAAUGACCACCGGUAGGAAUAACCGGGCGAUGAUGGAAGGAGUUGGAGCGAGAGUGGUGCGCGGACCCGACUGGAAGUGGGGGAAGCAGGAUGGUGGAGAGGGACAUGUUGGCACCGUCAGGAGUUUUGAAAGUCCAGAGGAGGUGGUUGUUGUCUGGGACAAUGGGACGGCCGCCAACUACCGCUGCUCUGGAGCCUACGACGUGAGGAUACUAGACAGUGCUCCAACAGGCAUCAAGCAUGAUGGAACCAUGUGUGACACCUGCCGUCAACAGCCCAUCAUUGGUAUUCGCUGGAAAUGUGCAGAAUGCACCAAUUACGACCUCUGCACAACCUGUUACCAUGGAGACAAGCAUCACCUGAGACACCGGUUUUACAGGAUCACCACCCCGGGCAGUGAGAGAGUCCUUUUGGAGUCACGUCGCAAGUCAAAGAAAAUCACAGCCAGAGGGAUCUUCACCGGUGGCCGGGUGGUGAGAGGAGUGGACUGGCAGUGGGAGGACCAGGACGGAGGCAAUGGGAGGAGAGGAAAGGUGACGGAGAUCCAGGACUGGAGCGCGGCCAGCCCUCACAGCGCUGCCUACGUACUGUGGGACAACGGGGCCAAGAACCUGUACAGAGUUGGCUUUGAGGGAAUGUCGGACCUGAAAUGUGUCCAGGAUGCCAAAGGAGGUUCAUUUUACAGAGACCACUGUCCUGUUUUAGGUGAACAGAAUGGCAACAGAAACCCUGGCGGUCUUCAGAUUGGAGACCUGGUCAACAUUGAUCUGGACUUGGAGAUCGUUCAGUCCCUCCAACAUGGCCACGGAGGAUGGACCGACGGCAUGUUCGAGACCCUCACCACCACCGGCACAGUGUGCGGCAUUGACGAGGACCACGACAUUGUGGUCCAGUACCCCAGCGGAAACAGAUGGACGUUCAACCCAGCAGUGCUGACCAAGGCCAACGUGGUGCGCAGCGGUGAAGUUGCAGCCGGUGCAGAGGGAGGCACUUCCCAGUUCCUCGUGGGAGAUCUGGUGCAGAUCUGCUAUGACAUCGACCGCAUCAAGCUGCUCCAACGAGGCCAUGGAGAGUGGGCCGAGGCGAUGCUACCUACCCUAGGCAAGGUGGGCCGUGUGCAGCAGAUCUACUCUGACAGUGACCUGAAGGUCGAGGUUUGUGGGACUUCUUGGACGUACAACCCUGCCGCUGUCACCAAGAUCGCCCCCUCUGGCUCUGCUGUCAGCAAUGCCUCUGGAGAGCGUCUGUCUCAGUUGCUGAAGAAACUUUUUGAGACACAAGAAUCUGGAGACAUCAAUGAGGAGCUGGUCAAGGCAGCAGCCAACGGAGACCUGGCCAAAGUGGAGGACAUUCUGAAAAGACCUGAUGUGGAUGUGAAUGGGCAGUGUGCUGGACAUACUGCUAUGCAGGCAGCCAGUCAGAAUGGUCACGUUGAUGUUCUGAAGCUGCUGCUUAAACACAAUGUGGACCUGGAGGCUGAGGACAAAGAUGGAGACCGGGCGGUGCACCACGCAGCCUUUGGUGAUGAGGGCUCUGUCAUUGAGGUGCUGCAGAGGGGCGGUGCUGACUUGAACGCCAGAAACAAGCGAAGACAGACUCCGCUGCACAUAGCCGUCAACAAAGGUCAUCUACAAGUGGUUAAAACCCUGCUGGACUUCGGCUGCCACCCCAGCCUCCAGGACUCAGAAGGGGACACACCUCUGCACGAUGCCAUUAGCAAGAAGAGAGAUGACAUGUUGUCGGUGCUGCUGGAGGCCGGCGCUGAUGUUACUAUCACUAACAAUAAUGGGUUCAACGCCUUGCAUCAUGCUGCCCUGCGAGGGAACCCCAGUGCCAUGCGUGUGCUGCUAUCCAAACUGCCGCGGCCUUGGAUCGUAGACGAGAAGAAGGACGACGGUUACACUGCACUGCACCUGGCUGCCCUCAACAACCAUGUGGAGGUGGCUGAGCUGCUGGUGCACCAGGGCAACGCCAGCUUAGACAUCCAGAACGUCAACCAGCAGACGGCAUUGCACCUGGCAGUGGAACGCCAGCACACCCAGAUAGUUCGGCUGCUGGUGCGGGCAGAGGCCAAGCUGGAUGUGCAGGACAAGGAUGGGGAUACGCCACUUCACGAGGCACUGCGUCACCACACGUUGUCCCAGUUGCGACAGCUACAAGAUAUGCAGGACGUGAGCAAAGUAGAGCCCUGGGAACCCUCCAAGAACACAUUAAUCAUGGGCUUGGGCACCCAGGGGGCGGAGAAGAAGAGCGCCGCGUCCAUCGCCUGCUUCCUGGCGGCCAACGGAGCGGACUUGACCAUUCGUAACAAAAAGGGCCAAUCCCCUCUGGACCUGUGUCCCGACCCCAGCCUCUGCAAGGCUCUGGCCAAAUGCCACAAAGAAAAGAGCAGCGGCCAGGUGGGAACCCGCAGCCCGUCUCUGAACAGCAACAUCGAGUCGCUGGAGGAGUGCAUGGUGUGCUCCGACAUGAAGAGGGACACUCUGUUCGGGCCCUGCGGACACAUCGCCACCUGCUCCCUCUGCUCGCCGCGCGUCAAGAAGUGUCUCAUCUGCAAAGAGCAGGUCCAGUCGCGAACCAAGAUCGAGGAGUGCGUAGUCUGCUCCGACAAAAAGGCCGCCGUGUUGUUCCAGCCCUGUGGUCACAUGUGCGCUUGUGAGAACUGUGCCAGCCUCAUGAAGAAGUGCGUACAGUGCCGGGCUGUGGUGGAACGCCGCACCCCCUUCGUCCUUUGCUGUGGAGGGAAAGGUAUGGAGGAUGAUGCCGCUGAUGAUGAUGAUGAUGAUGAUGAUGAUGACCUUACAGGGAGCUCUAACACUAUGGCAGGGGGAUCGCAGGAUCUUCUCCAGCCCAACAAUCUGGCACUAAGUUGGUCCAGUGGAAACAUCCCGGCCCUGCAGAGAGACAAAGACAACACCAACGUCAACGCUGACGUACAGAAGCUACAGCAGCAGCUUCAGGACAUCAAGGAGCAGACCAUGUGUCCGGUGUGUCUGGACCGGCUGAAGAACAUGAUCUUCAUGUGCGGCCAUGGCACCUGCCAGCUGUGCGGGGACAGGAUGAGCGAGUGCCCCAUCUGCCGCAAGGCCAUCGAGCGCCGCAUCCUCCUGUACUAGAGCCUUCCUGACGGACUCUCUGUUCUCCUAACGCCCACACUGACCACGCCCGCAACGCCACAUCCACACCAGCUGCUGCCAUCCUCACAGCACCCCAGUCAGCCAGCCAUGUCUUACUCUGCACCACGAAUACUCUCUUAACAGGUUCAUUGUGUUCAGGUGGAAGUUCUGUUACAAAACAAGGGAAAGAAAAAACUGACUUUAAUCAACUUUGCUGUUCUGUCGUGGUGUGUCCUCAGCGCAGCCACAGAGAUGCCUGCUUCACCGACGUUUUUUUUUCCUCCCCUCCCUGCCUUUUGUUUUCCCACCAUCCUGUUUUUUAUUUGACUUUUUUCUUCUCUCUUUGAGUCUGAGGUUCAGAUUCUUGGAUAUGAACUUAAGAGGUGAAUCCCAUCUCUGGAUUUUCUGUCAGCAACCGUAGACGUGUGGGGGAGCCGAGGUCGGUCUGUUACCGUUUUUUUUUUAUGUAAAGUUCUCAUGCAUCUGUCGCAGUCGGUGCCAGCUGCAGUCAAGUUUUAUUGUAUUUGUAAAUCUUUAUGCAAGUGUAUUGGUAUCGGAAGCUCCAGGUGUGGAUUUUAAGUACUUAAUUUUUCACGUCAGUAUGAGAAGUUUGAGACACGUUACUGUUUGCACCGUUUUCAAGGCGUUUCAUCUCCGCGUCCAGUCGGGCUGUUUGACACUGUAACGCCAACUGUCCGAGCAGUCCAAGACCAAAUGUUGGCAGUUUUGCACUAGAAAAGAUGAGUCAGGGUCAAAGCGUUUUUUUUUUCUGCGCUGACUUCGGAGGUCCGCUUCAGCUCAGUGACGAAACCCAGAUAUCGUAGCCUGACUGCCAGGUAGCACACUACGCUCUGAUCACCGACGGCGACGCCCAGAUUUAAGAGCCGCCGCGUCGGGAUUCAAGACAUUCAGCUUCUGCCCCCCUCGUGUAAACCGUGUUGUUCCACACGCCGACCCGUACGAUGCAAGCAUUAUUUAGUAUCUCGUCACAACUUGAUGUUAAACUGUUGAGACUCGGUGGUAUUUUCUGACAAAAAAAAAACAAAAAACUGUACAAUUCAACGAGCAUUGCUAAUUUACCAUUGAUGACUCUGUGCCAUUUGCUUCCAAAAAUCGACUUGUUAAAUAACUUGUUUGGGGAUAAGGUGCUCUUUAUCUUGUAUUACUUUUAUUUUUUAAUUUAAGUGUAUUUCCUUUUCUCGAAAAUCAACAUUUAUGGAGCUAGAGAGUACAAUCUAUUAGAACACUUAAGAUGAAAAUGUAGAAUAAAUUAUUUUGUAUUGCUGCCCAGACGAUAGGAUUUAUAGGUAUCACUGCCUUCCUACUAUGUAGCCUCAAAGUCUCUCAAACAUUCUGCUCUGAUGUUCAUGUUGAAAUACGUUUGUGAUGUUUUUGUUGGCAAUAGCUUUCUAGCAAUCAUCGGUAGAAGCAUUUUUCUCUGCAGUAGGUCUCCGUGCGCCUAACUCGCUCAUUUGUGAAAUGGAAAAAACACAUUUUGUCGUUUGAAAUUGUCGAGUAUCUUUUUUUCAGCCAGUGUUUUAUUUGGGAGGAAAGCUAAUGUUUUUUUAAAGACAGAACUUGCCUUGCCUUUUUUUUAAAAAGGCAGUUGCCUAUUUGGAGACUCAGCAAAGUGGCUAGCUUGCUCCGCUAUGUGGGAAUUUGCAACCGCAUACAAGCAUUGUGUUUGUUUCGUUUUUUGUUUUUUUUUCUAGAACUGAAAGCAACUUUUGAGUACAGUUUUGAUUCUUUUCACUGAUCACGAUAACACUUUAAGCUAGAAGCACUAAUACGCUUUAUGGUAGUGUUGUCUUGUUAUGGUUGUUAUGAAAAAGCCUAUUUUCUACUUUAUUUUCAAUACCUGUAACUGUCCUGUUAGAAGCGUAUCGGUAGUAUUUUCUUUGGCAUGAAUGUUUGACAUAUGCAGUACGACAUGUAUCAUUCAAAAAACGUUCGGUCUGUAUUGCUAAUAAGUGCUUUUAAAACAACCAUAUAGCGGAAAUAAAGUUCUAAAUGAACCGUGAGACAUUCA